AUCUCGGCGACUCCCUUCAAGUUGGCAGCAUGGGGCUCAAGCUGGUUUCCAUUGGGUUGCUGGUGCUCAUCGCACUGGCCAGUCAAGUAAAUUCCCAGUCCUGGUAUAGUCAGAACCAGAAGCCCACAUAUGAAAAACCUGUCCAAGACGAGAUUAAUUUACAAACCAAGCAGUCGUUCACUGGCAAGAAGCUGACAUGGCACUAUACAGAUAUCGUCAUCGAUGAGCCUGCUGGUGUUGAGGUAGAACUGGUGGUUCCCAUCCCUGCCGACAGCAUUCGGAUUCAGUGUGAGGAACCGCAGGUGCUCGUGGAGGUAGACAUGGACUUUUUCAAAACCGGCCAGAUGAUCAAUCCUGCAGAUAUGUCACUCGGAGGCUGUGCAUCAACUGCAGAAGACCCCGCCACAAAAAGGCUGCUUUUCCAGGCUGAACUGCAGGCCUGUGGCAGUGUUCUGACUACAACCUCUGAGGAGCUUAUCUACUCUUUCACCAUUAUAUACACACCGAAGCCACUUGAAGGUACUAGCAUUUUUCGUACAAGUGGUGCCAUUGUUGGUGUUGAGUGCCACUAUCAGAGAUAUCACAAUGUGAGCAGCGAUGCCUUGUUCCCCACCUGGAUCCCAUAUUCUGCUACUAAGCAAGCAGAGGAGCUCCUUAUUUUCUCCCUGAGGCUCAUGAUGGCGGACCUAGCAACGUAUAGAGCUAGAGAUUCAACUCAAUUCAGCUUGGGUGAUAUUAUCUAUAUUCAAGCCGAUGUUCUUCAGUUCUACCAUGUACCCCUGCGUGUGUAUGUGGACAACUGUGUGGCUACUACAACUUCAGAUCCAAACUCUUCUCCCAACUAUGCCUUCAUUGACAACCAUGGGUGUUUCACUGACGCCAAGCUCACAGGUUCUAAGUCACGAUUUGCGCAGCGCUCUCAAGAUGACAAACUCCAGUUCAUGUUGGAAGCCUUCAGAUUCGAAGACAGCGCCCCGAUCUACAUUACAUGCAGACUUAAGGCCACAGCAGCCAUAACCCCAAGGGAUUCCAAACACAAGGCUUGUUCCUACAUUAACGGAGGAUGGUUUGCUGCAGGAGGACCUAAUGAUCUGUGCAGUUGCUGCGAAUCGAGCUGCGCUGGUGGUGGUGGAGGUGGUGGUGGUGGCGGUGGCGGUGGAGGUGGUGGUGGUGGUGGUCAGCAGAAAAAUCAGCAAGGUGAGCUUUGGGGUGAAGCAACCAUUGGACCCUACUAUGUAACGAAAAAAAGUACAUGAGAUGAGGCCAUGGAUUUCUUGCAAUAAAAUGCUAACUUGAGCAAUAAAAUGUUGAAAGCA